CGGGAGAACCCAAUUGAGAGGGAAAAUAGGGUAAUGGAACAAUUUCAUUCAGGUCAUUUGUCAGCUAUUUUGCGUCCCCCGUUGCCAACAUGCCUGGAGGUCUAGGAUUUCAAAUAAGCGAGGACUCGAAAUAUCCAAUGACCGACGACUGGAAAGGACUGUUUGAGAGAGGACGGGUGAUUCCUCCACACAGCCAGACUGUUCGACAGGCACAGGACUCAUUUCACACCCAUUCUCAAGGCUUCCAAAUCAUCCUGAAGCAUCUUGAUGGACCUCACAUUCAACGGGAGAAGAAGGAAGGGGAGUCAGAAGGGAGUCGAAAGAGGGAACCAGUCAAGUACCAGCUGAGUGUUUCCCUGUUUGAUACCAGCCACCAGCACUUCUUCGGGAGAACGUGGAAGAGCUCGCCCCAACAGAUGAGUGGUGUCAACAGGGCAAUGUUUAAUGAGGUGGUGUACCUCCACACCUCUCUGCGUCUACCAAGCGUGGUGGCCGUGGUGGAGCUGGUGGCGUUACAGCCCAGGGCAGACGGCUCCCAGCAUGCACUGGGGUGCGGCUUCGCCAUCCUGCACCUCUUCUCCAGCAUGACAGAACCUCAGGCCACCGAGGGGGACAGAAGGCUAAGUUUGUACCACGGAACACCAAGGACCCUACUCCAUCCACUACUGAGGGACCCUAUAGAGCAGAACAAGCUGUUGACGCCCAUCGAUGGUGCUCAUUUGGUGUGCAGCUUGAAGCCUCACCCUGCUCUAGCCCCUGCCAUGCACCUCUUCCCCCAGAACAUGCUGGUGUCUGGAGAUGAGAACAUCCCUGGGGUUACGCCCUCCCCUACAGGAGAUUCCCUGUUGAAGCCCCACAUAGUGAAGAGCCUCACCUGCUUCCUGGACAGGCUGUCCAUCUCUCUGCAUCCCUCCCUGGAGAAGUUUGAGAGCCAGCUGCUGCAGCAUGUCAGCAUGGACUGCCACAAUACGAAACACUCGGGUCCGGAGAGCUCAGCGGUGGUGGUCAUCCAGGAGCGGAGGCUCCACGUGGGGGUCCACAACGGCUGGGGCUUCUUGGAGCGCCCCCAGGUGGUGGUGCUGGAGACAACCGAGGCCACCGAUUGUAGCAGGGGACGAAAGGGCACACUGACCAGAGACUGCAGCUCCAGUCCUAGUCAGAGCCUGGCUCUACGUAGCAGUCUGGAGCUCAAGCUGCCCAGUCACCAGGCUGUGGGGAUCGCCCUCCAGCUUGAGUAUGUCUUCUCCUCGCCGCUCGUCGGUGACGGAAAGAUGAUGAUUGAAGAGCCGUAUUGAGAAUCUCCACAAGAUGCUUUUGUCUGCCCAGUUGAGUUGCUGCUCUAUGCAGUUUAUGUGUAGAUCACACCACUUUGAUGCCUAUACGGAGUGCUCUUUCAAACCUCACACAGAAAUUUGUGUUAGGGAGUUAACUGUCCCCCGAAUGGGUUCUUUUUGUUCCAUUGCUUGUAUACCAACCAUGGGCUGUGUUUGAUGGUGGUAAACUGUGUAAUAAAGGUUUCUUGGAAUUUAUCUUGUAGAAAGAACCCUCUCUGUGCCAGUUAAUAAGAGUGUUUGGGUUCAUGUUGAUGCUAUCGUGGCAGUUCUGAAUUCUAAAGGCUGUGCUGAAGAGCUAUCUAUGCAGAAACAUGCCCAGUUUCAAAGGGUUGUUCGCCUCCAGCUCAUGUGGAUAUAACAUGCCUGUCUUUAAUAUGCACUAACAGUAAUUUAGUCAAGUUUGAGCAGUUUUCUACAGUUGGAAGACUUUGGAAGUUUGAUAAGAGGCGAAUGCUGGGCAGAUAAGAGCAUUCUCUGCACUGUAGAAGACGCCUGUGAUUGGUGCUUUGUUUCCCCUCACAUUUGCUCCUCAGAUAUCCAACCAGCAUUUCUUCCCACAGGUCAAAUCCAAACCGAGAAUAUUCAUUAAACAUUACAGAACAAAGUGUUAGACCAUGUGCUAGACACGACAGUCUGCUCUGAACGAGAGCUCAAAAGAGAGGGUGUUGAAAACACAUUAGAUAAAUUGCCUCAUAUUUUUUACUGGCUACUUCCACCACACAAUAAACUUAUCUCUCCCUAGUUAAAUAAUUUUUACAUAAUCAUCACUUUCAAAAUGGACUCGCUUGAAUUAAUGUUUCUUAUGAAACAUCUUAUUAAUUCGACCUCGUGAAAUGGAAAAACAGGCAGUGCCUCCUGGGAAUAUAUAUGGCUAUCUGUUUUACAGCCCCCAUUUUCAAGUUUAAAUUCAAUGAAGUAGCAGUUAAUGUCUGCACUUGCGGGGGGAAGACAGUGCAAUCGGAA